AUGAGCAAUCUUGUGACCUCUGCAAAGGGGAAUGAUGAUGACAUGGGAAGUAGGACACAAGCCUUUGUGACCAACCCAGCAAGUCAUGAAUCUGAGGGAGCUGGAGGAGACAAAUCAAGAAAAAAUGAAUCUGCCAUAGGUGAAAAUCCCAUUGUUGCUCAAAACAUCACAGCUGAAUUACAGAGAGAACUUCUUGAACCACUUUACCAAAAGAUGAACUCCUUGGAGACAUUAAUAGAUUUUGAUAAGAUUGCUGCAAGAAAUCUAGGACCAUUGACACCAACAAAUUCUAUCACAUCUGCUCUCUCAAAUACUUUUCAAGAAUCCCUCAUCAAUGAAGUAUUGAUGAAAUCAGACAAUUUAGAUUCCAGCACUGAAACACAGGUUCUGUCUAAGCGGACAAAGAGAUAUGAACAAGUGGGUAACAUCAAUUUGAAAAAUCCCACCCAGAUUUGA